UCUUCAUUUAUGUAUGUGUGUAAUUCUUGUAGUCGAUCAAGUGUCGAUUUUGCCUUCGUGUUUAGUCGCGAUGUUUAAGAGGAAAUGUAUCUACGUUUCUGACGUGCUGUAUCCGUUCUUCAGCUAUUGCUUAAAAGCCGGACAUUUUCCUGAAUAAUACGUAAAUGCAAUGAUGACUAGAAUACUUCCAUCAACGGACAAUGGCGGGCGAGUGGAAAAAACGUGCUAAGGCGUCUUCGUGGGGUCUUCUGAGCAAUCACAGAUAUUUGUGCAAAAAGGCUAUGAUGCUUCGCGCCAUGGAGAGUGCGAGAGCGUGCAAGAAACGUCAGCAGAAGCAGAGAAAUGACAACGUGAAGAGGAAAAGGACAGACAGCCAUAAUGAGCCACGGGAUGUUAACGAGCCGACCAAAGGGGCCAACAUUCAGAAGUAUGAGAAUAAAAGCACUGCCGCACAUGAAACCGGGUAUCAACAGGAAGUGAAGGACACGUGGGAGGUGGACAGCGGUUUUUCCGAGGCCAGCCUGCCGACUAGCGGCAGAAGCUCGCCGUGCCCAGACGCCGUGGUGGCGUUGGACUGCGAGAUGGUGGGCACGGGACCUGGCGGGCGCUGCAGCGAGCUGGCCCGUUGCAGCAUCUUGGAUUACCACGGUGAUGUCCUCUAUGAUAAGUACGUGCAGCCGUGUCACCCCGUCACCGACUACAGGACGCGCUGGAGCGGCAUUCGGCGACAUCACCUGCGAGACGCCACGCCCUUUGCUCAGGCCAUAGAGGAGAUCCUUAGCAUUCUUGAGGACAAAGUGGUGGUAGGACACUCUGUCUACAACGACUUUGACGUGUUGGACAUGGUCCAUCCAGCCCACAUGGUCAGGGACACAGCGGCCUCACAUCACCUUGCCCAUUUAGCCGGCUUUCCUCGCCAACGCUGCGCCUCCCUAAAGAUCAUGGCCAAAAAGCUUCUCAACAGACACAUUCAGGUGGGGAAGAGUGGCCACUGCUCGGUGGAGGACGCCCGGGCCUCCUUGGAUCUUUACAAGCUGGUGGAGGACGAGUGGGAGAGGGAGCUUCAGAGCAUACUGAGGGGGGACGACGACCACAACCAGCCCAUCAGGGACGCCUCCAUGGAGGACUUCAUGCAGGACCGGUACUGGCCUCACCACCUGACCUCCGACUGCCUAGAGGCGGAGCAUGUUGGAGAUGCUGACUAAUGACUUUUGAUGCUUGAAGGAAAACACUCACUUAUUACUUGACUUGGACAUGUGCUCGUUAAGUUACCUUAUGACCUCAUUAGGACGAGACAACUGCAGGUAAACAGGAAGUUGGCGUGUUUGUCCACACAGCUGCUAUUAUUGUCUUGUUUGCUGUGCUGCUGAUAUAAACUGCCUCCAAAUUAAAUUAAAAACAAAAGACAGCAAAAGCUGUGUAUUGUC